AUGGAUUCACAACAUCACCAGCAGCCGCUUGGCGGCAGCAGACAGCCGCCGCAGGGCCAGCAUCCCCAGCAUCACCAACAUCACCAACAUCACCAGCAGCAGUAUCAUCAUCAGCAGGGCUACUACUACCCGCCGCUGUAUCAGCAUCACCAGCAGCAGCCGCUGGAGGAGGAGGAAGAGGAAGAAGAAGAGGAGCAGCAGCAACAACAACAACAACAGGAGCAGCCGCAGGAGCAGCAACAGGAGCAACAGGCGCCGUCUGGGGACGAUGGCCGACCGGCCUCGUCUGAUGCGCCGUCGCCGCAAGCCGCGGACUCGAGCAGCGACGACGGGCUGGACGAGGCCUAUGCCGACUCGACGGGCGAAGGGGAGAUGAUGGGCGACGAUACCAAGACGCUGUCGACGUACAUCACCAGAUAUCGCUAUGAGAACGGCCGGCGGUACCACUCCUAUCGCGAUGGAGCCUACUGGGGACCGAACGAUGAGAUUGCAAACGACCAGCAGGACCUCGCGCACCACAUGUACCUCUUGACCCUGGACGGCAAGCUGCAUCUUGCGCCCAUCUCCAACCCCCAGAUGUAUGUUCCCCGCGAGUGGUGUGUACUGACAGCCCGCAGAGAUAUAGCCGACGAGUAUCCGAGUGCAAAGGUCACUGGCGUCGACCUGUCGCCCAUCCAGCCCAGCUUUCUGCCUCCCAACUGCACCUUUGAAGUAGAUGAUGUCACCCUCUGCCCCUGGACAUACCCCCAGAAUCACUUUGACUUCAUACAUGUCCGGGAGAUGUUCGGCUGCAUCCCGGACUGGGAUGAGUUCUUUCAGCAGUGCUACCAGUGCCUCAAGCCCGGCGGAUACAUCGAGAUGGUCGAGCACUCCGUCGAACCAACCUCGGACGACGGCUCCGUCGGGCCUUCGCACUUUUACACCCUAUGGGGGAAGACCGUCGUCGAAGCCGGCGCCACCUUUGGCAAAUCCUUUACCAUAUGGAAGGAGAGCAAGGAGCGCCUCAAAAGGGCUGGUUUCGUCGACGUCGUUGAGGUCGAAUACAAGUGGCCCAUGAAUGGGUUAGUCCUACCUCUGCACCCUGUUUUAAAUGUAAUAAUAUACAUACUAACAACCACGAAUAGAUGGAGUAAAGAUCCUAAACUACGGGAACUUGGCCGUUGGAACCAAGUGCGACUACACGGUGAAGCUCACCAUUGCUUUCUUGCACCUCCCUACCCUUCUUCUCGCUCUCUCUCUCUCUCUCUCUCUCUCACCACCCCCUUCCCCUACCCCCCUGCCGACUAUAGUUGUCGACAUGGCAUCCUAAUAUCUCAUUCAUAUUUCAAUUUCAAAAAGCAUAUUUUCAUUUCACACUUGCUUGAAGCAAUGGGAAACUCGCCUCUGGUUGAUGCCAACUCCCCACCUUUUCCCCCUCCAUACAUUCAAUACAUAUAUAACUACUCCUUUACCUUGCCCCCGUUCAGAGAGCGGCCAUCUUACUUUCUUUGCUUCCCCCACCCCCCCUUCCUUACUCCCUUUUCUUCUAUGUUUGCUUCUCUUUUUAUCAUAGCGUAUACACUUUCGCGCCGGACAGCAAUCAGUCUGGACAGCAACCCAGGGACGGGGACGGAGGGUGUUGGUUCAGGGGCGGUUAUCAUCCUUGAAUGCGUUCAUUGUACAUAUCUCCAAGAUAUUUUCGAUAUACCCUUUUCCUUUUUCUCUCGUUUUGUUGCUUUGCGGUUCCCCCCCUGGUCCCUCCCUAUUGACGUGAUUUAUAUUACGGCUGCUUUUAGCCCGUUGAUGUCUGCUAUUAUUACCUUACUCUUAUCCAACGAUAAUGGAAAUCAGUUACUUUUCCGACCGACCCCCCUGCUCACACUGCCUUGGUACGCAUGCAACAACCCCGUAUGCAUGGCCGUUGAGAUGCAAGUAUUACGCCCAAUCAUCCCGUCCCAACAGCAGCCAGCCAUGCACUAUCAG